CAAAAAGACAAACAUUAAUCGUUACAAAAAUAAGAAUAGUUUAUAAUAAUGUUCAACUGUGCAAUUGUGCUUUUUUUUGCACUGAUGGCAUUUACCGAGGCUGUUCCAGCAGACCAAAUUGAAGCUCGCGUACCAAGAGCAGCUCAUCAUGGCGGCUGCAACGGCCCACAUGCAGGUGUACCGGGUUUCGGUGUUCCAGGCGGUUUCGGCAGCGCUGGAGCAGGUGCCUUAGUUGAGGCGGAGGCUAAUGCUGCAGCCGGAGCUUUUGGAGGGGGUCCAUUUGGUGGUGCUAGUAGCGGAGCUGGAGCCCAAGCUAGUGCUAAUGCCGGAUCUCAAACAUUUGGGAAAUGACACUUUUGAAGGAUAAAAUGGUAUCAUUACGAUUUAGAAACGCUUAGCUGUGACUAUAACAAGUGACAUUAUGUAGCUGUAUAAAACGAUUGCAUUUGUUUGCAAUGAAGUUUCAUUAUUCCAGAAUUGUUAUAAUUAUUAAAAUAAAUGUCAUGAUUUAUGUUUUCUUGAUAAUAUAUAGUGAGAUGAUUUCUAUUAGUUU